CAGAGCGGCUGGAGGUUUAACGGUCCGUAAGUCAGCGGCGGACAGAAUAACCUGCUGUUUUAAACAUCCUGUCAGUAACUAAGACGGUUCUGGAUCUAUAAACCGGAGUCUUUUAAUUAACGGUGGAAUAUUUACCUGGUAAAGUUUCACAAAUGUUACAAUGGCGUCGAAGACUGAACAACUUCUCAUCGUUGUUUCCAUCCUGGAGGGUCGUCACUUCCCGAAGGCUCCCCGUCUGAGUCUGGUGGUGCAGGCGAGCUUCGACGGCGAGCAGCUGGCCACAGACCCGGUGGAGCACCGCGAGCAGCCCAUGUUCAGCACCGAGCUCGCCUGGGAGCUGGACCGCCGCACGCUGCACCAGCACAGACUGCAGAGAACUCCCAUCAAGCUUCAGUGUUUCACCGUCGACUCUGUCAGUAAGAAGAAGGAGAGCGUCGGAUACAUCGUCCUGGACCUGAGAUCUGUGCAGGAGGUCAAACAGGAGCCCCGCUGGUUUCCUCUGCUGAGCAGUAAAUACACCAAACAGAGGCCGGCUCUGCUGCUCAGCAUGUCUCUGGAGAACGACACCAAACCCUCUGAGCCCUCUCCUGACAGGUUCAAAGCCAAGAAAGCCCCGCCCCGACAAGGUUCUCCUGCAGUGACCGACCUGCUGACAGACAAACUGGAGGCCACGCUGGUCCCAGACCAGGGCUUCCACCAGGUCGGCCCCAAAGAUCUCUGCUCCGACAUGUUCGUCCUGUCCGUCACCGUGGCCUUCGCCUCCAAACUGGAGCAGCUGAUCCCGAGCACCAUGAAGCUGUCGGAGGGCUCGGGCUUCUUCUUCUACUACUCUUUACUGGGGAACGACAUCACCAGCGAGCCGUUCCACAACCUGCUGAGCCCCGACUUCGAGCCGGAGCGCGCCUCCGUACGCAUCCGCAGCAGCAAGCAGAUCCUGCAGGCCUUCCUGUCCCAGCAGCCCAGCCUACAGAUCCACCUGUGCUGUGGGAAUCACUCUCUGGGUGGGACAGACGUGUCUCUGUCUGCUCUGGCUGCUCUGUGUGUGGACCUGGAGAACAAGGCGGCCACGGUGGAGGGAGCGUUUAUUCUGCAGCCUCCCAAACGCACCAAACAGAUGCUGCCGGCUCUGCCCGCCGACCUGCAGCCCACUGUGGGCGUGGCUGUCACCCUGAGGAGGGAGGACGUCUCCGCACAGUCUUUAGGGACUAAAGAAGGAGGCGGAGCUCCGUCAGCUCCUCCUGCUGCUGUUCAGAGACCUCGGAGCUCCUCUCCGGUCCAAAGACCUCCCGCCUCCUCUCCUCCCGGUCCUCCUCCUCUCCCUCCUGCCUCCUCUCACACAGAGAGUGAGGCAGAGAGUCUGCUGGAGGAGCUGCAGCGGGGCAGAGAGCAGGCGGGACAGCUGGCAGCUGCAGAUCUGCAGGUUCAGUCUGAAGCUGCAGCAGAAGGAGGAGGAGCCUCCUCCGUCAGCGUCUCUGCUCCAAAAGUGUCCAUCCCGUCCUCGGCCCAUCACUACUGCUUCUCUCUGGACCUCCACAGCCUGAGGAGCCUCAGCCUGACUCACCCCAUCGCUGCUAAGCUCAGAUAUUCGUACCCGUUCUUCGGCAGUGCUGCUCCCAUCAUGACCAACCCUCCUGUGGAGCUGCGGAGGGGCAGCGAGGUGUCUCUGCCUCAGUCCUACUGCGCCUUCGACUUCGCUGCUCUGCCUCAGCAGCUGCAGGACACCUUCCUCCGGGUUCCUCUGCUGGUGGAGGUCUGGCACAGAGACUCGUCCAGCAGGGACCAGCUGAUUGGACGAGCCUGCGUCCAGCUGUCUCAGCUUCUGAGCUCUGAGAGGACCCGGGUCCUGACGGCAGCCGGGGGGACCAGCUGGAGACAGACACACCGGGACCGGAUCCCUGUGAUCCAGACACAGAGGCCCGGGGAGAAGGUAGCAGAGCUGAGCUACGAGGCCUCGCUGGAGGACCUCGGACUGGUGACAGCCAAAGAGGUCAUCAUGUCUGACUCCACACAGACUGAGCCUGUGGUCCCCCCUCAGCCGUCCCCCCACCCUUCAGCACCUGGACCGGCAGCUCCUGGUCUGGCCCCCGUCCCCCCGCCGGGCCCCGCGGCUCCGACCGCUCCCAGGGAGACGCUGGAGUACCGCACGGCGCUGGAGCUGGAGCUGUGGAAGGAGCAGCAGGAGGAUCUGUUCGACGACCAGCUGAGGAAGAAGGAGCUGAGCCACAUGCAGGCUCUGGCUGAGGAGUGGAGGAGGAGAGACAGAGAGAGAGAAGCUGUGGUGCACAAGAAGGAGGUGGAGUAUAACCUGCUGGAGGAGCAACUGCAGAAAACUCUGUCUGAUCUGGAGAAACGAGAGAAACACCUGGCUGCAGCCGAGCUGGAGACUGCGAGGCUGCAGAAGGAACUGCGAGCUGAACACGAUCUGAGCCAGAGGGAGCUGCAGGAGAGCAGCAGGAGGCUGCAGCAGGACUGUGACCACCGGGUGGCGCUGCAGAGGGACAAAGUGAGACUGAUGGAGGAAGAGAGAGGCCGGCUGCUGCAGCAGAUUUCAGACGCUGAGGCUCGCUACAAGCAGCUGGAGAAAGAGUUCACGCUGUACAGAGAGCAGCAGAACGUCAGACCAGAGUUCAGGCUGCAGUCAGAGAUCAACCUGCUCACUCUGGAGAAGGUGGAGCUGGAGAGGAAACUGGAGUCGACCACAAAGUCCAAACUUCACUACAAGCAGCAGUGGGGCCGCGCCUUGAAGGAGCUCGCCAGGUUCAAACAGCGCGAGCAGGAGAACGCCAUGACGCGUCUGAAGAAGCAGCAGGCGGAGCUGGAGGCCAUGAGGCUGCGGUACCUGGCCACGGAGCAGAAGGAGGUGGUGCAACAGGACCGACAGGAGCUGGACGACAUCAGGAACCAACUCAACAGACUAAAGAAGCAGGAGGAGGACAGGUUAGGCCCCACCUCCUCCCUGUGUGGCCCCGCCCCCUCUCAGAGCGUCAACGAGAGCGCUGACGAACACCUGAGCCGCUUGCUGGAGGAGCGAGACACGCUGCUGAGGACCGGAGUGUACACACACGACGACCGCAUCAUCGCAGAGCUCAACAGACAGAUCCAGGACGCCAUGAAGGAUCAGCACACCUGACAAACACACCUGCAUUUACACUGAAGUGCCAAAUUUAUUUAUAUAUAUAUCCUGUUACUGAGCUGAUUUGUCCCACUUUUACAAGAUAUUAUUAAAAAAACAAUUGAAAAAUUCUUCAGUCACUUCAUAUAUUCAUGUAUGAAUGCAAAUGUUACACUAUUCUUGUAAAUAUGCACAUGUGAAUAUUGUAUUAAUAUAGAUUUGUAGCUGUCCUUUAAAGUCUCAUUACACUAGUUUUGCAUGUGUGAACCUUUAAAACCAUUCCUCAAUAAAUUAUGUUUUAGAUUUUAUACUUUUUCCAGGCAGAAAACUGUGUCAUGCUUCAUUCUGUGAGAUGCGUUCAAGUGUCCUUGACUUCUCAGAAUCCACACAAACUGUUUAAAAACAUUCACUGGAGCUGAAAAGCGUUUGGUCAGUGAUUAAUUAAUUAAACUAAAUAUCUUCAGGUUUGAUUAGUAGUUGAAGGACUUGAACAUGCAAAAUCAGUGUACUGUCCCUUUAAAUGUGUGUGUUUGAGCAUCAUUGAAGCUGAGUUUGUGUACAGUGUGUAUAGUGUUGAUGUUUGUUCAGCAGGUGGUGCUGCAGCCUCACAAACAAACUGACCUAACGCUGUGAGACAUUAAUUUAUUUCUUAUCAUCAGAGCACAGAUGGCUCUGCUUUCUCUGUUUGUCUGCAAUAAAUUAUUUUGGGAUAAAAAUCUGCUGCGUAAAUGUGUUUGUGUUUUUUUCUAGUGAAGAUUUUUAAUAUAUUUCUGUUUCAUUAAAGAGCCUCUAUGUUUACACUGUGCAACAAAUAAAGGUAAUUU